AUUAAGCCCGAUGAAAAAAGUACUUAUAAGGUAAUUACUAAAAUGAAUGAACUUCUCUAUAGCUUUUUGGUAGAAAUUGUUCAUAAGGUUGCUGCUUUAACAAAAACAAAAGUAGUUGUCGUGUUCUUCUCAUUUGGACUAUGCAAUCAAAUACGGUACUUUUACUAUGUAGUAAAAUAGAAUUGAAAGAAAUAUUUACUCAUGUGUAAACUUUACAUGAUAUUUGAUUGAUUUUUUUAUGUUAUAUGAAAAAGAAAUUCCCGUCUAGCUUUUUUCGAAAUGGUGUCAUUGAUCUCUGUGUUUUUAUUUUUACUGAAUAUAGUAUGAAAUAGAGAAAAAACAGAAUCUCUAAAGAAAGCACAAUACGGCAAAAUUGAAAAUGUUGCAGGCUCGCUUUGAUUGAGCUUGCUCAUGGACGGUACUGGAAAGUUCAAGUUCCCGUCCAAGCCCCCUAGCACCGACUUAUUACAUGUAUACACAAUAAUAAUCUUCACGGACCGAAAAUAUAACAUCUUUGAUUAAAUUUACGGGUAGACUAUUUUUUCAGCCGCCACACUUCACAAAUAACACUAAUGUGACAAAAGAAUAGAAAAAAAAAAACAGAAUCCUAUCGGUAAUGCAUCUGAAUGUAUCACUUUAUGCAAGAAUACUGCACAUUCCAAUAUAAAUAAUACUUAUAUGACUUUCAUAAACAUAAAAGAAACGUAACAAAAUAUAUUCACCUUAGAAUAUCUUAGAUUUUAUCAUAAUGCGGCAAAAUUACGCUUAUGGUAAAUAAAAAUGAGCGGUUUUAAAAUGUUUCUACAAACAAGCCGGACAAAGACGCAGUUUUUUGCUAUAAAAUUUACAACAUCAAAGUGAUAAACGUCUGAGGAGAAUGACAUAAUUAUAUAAGCCAUAAACAUAUCUAUAAAUAACUUCUUCUUAAUUCGUUAUUCAAGUUGCACUUACAUAGAAUUAAUAAAGGAUCCAUAGGUAUUGGAAAAUUAAUAGGCGAAUAUUUGUUAAUUUACUUAUAAUUUGUGAGUUAUUUACAUUGUAUGGUUUGUUUUAAUAGAAAUAGCUUGACCAACAAACGAAUGAUACUUAAAAAUUAAUUUUACAACAAAAGCAAUUUCCCCAUGUAUGUUAAGAAACACUUAAAUCACAAACAAAGACAAAAUAUUUAAUUUAUUUAUAUAGCAAAACGUGACCGAGACACAAUUGUGGGUAAAAUCAUGUCUUCCUCUUUUGCCCUGUACUCGUGCAUCUUAACUUCAUAAUAAUCAUGAAAUAUCAAUUAACAAUAGUGUGUUCAUGCGUCAAUUCUUUUCUUUCUUUUUUUUCUUUGGACGUUAUUAUUCAUAAAUCACGUGAAGGGAUCUACGCGUGAUUCUUUUAAAAUUGAACAACAAGGAAGUCAAGAUGCUGAAGGCGGAAGUUCCAGUGUCUGGACUCUCCGGACAGAGAAAGAUAAAACGUUAUAGUGGCAGAAAAGAAUAGACGAAAUGUAUUUUCUCUUUGUAUAUUUAGUUCUAGGUUUGUGCCUUUUCGGCAAGCAUGUGGACAGUGCAUGUACAAGAGGAAACUGGGGAAAAUAUUGCCAAGAAACAUGUGAGAUAAACUGUGGAAUAUCAUGUAAUGAGAAAACAGGAGUAUGUAGAUAUUGUAGCACUGGUUAUUGGGAUGACUACUGUAAUAAAGAUUGUCCGAAAAAUUGUAGGCAUACAUCGUGUCGUCAAAGUGACGGAAUUUGUUAUAAUUGUAUUGAUGGUUGGUAUGGUAAUACGUGCAACAAUACGUGUGAUAAGAAUUGUGCAAAAUGUCAACAAACAGAUGGUGAAUGUACAAAAUGUAACGAUGGUAAGUGGGGAAAAUUCUGUGAAAAAGCGUGUGUUCCGAAUUGUCAAAUAUGUGACAAAUUAACAGGUUAUUGUGAGAUAUGUAAAAUUGGUUACUGGAACAUGUCUUGUGAAGAAAGAUGUUCUGUCCCGAAUUGUGAUAUUUGUAGUAAACUUUCAGGAGCAUGUCAAGCGUGUACAUCAGGAUUUUGGGGAGAAAACUGCCUGAAAAGUUGUGGAAAUUGCCUGUCGGGUAAGUGUGGUCGCAGUGAUGGACGAUGCGCGACCUGCAAGUCUGAAUUUGCCGGGCAGAACUGCUCAGUACUAUGUAAUGAUCUUAGAAACUGCAACACGUACUCAUGUAGUGUAAAUUAUGGAUGUUAUAAAUGCAAAACCGGAUACUGGGGAAACAUUUGUAAAUAUAAAUGCAGUGAAAACUGCUUAUCAAGCUGCGAUAAAAGCAACGGGUAUUGUAGCAGUUGCAUUCCUGGAUUCUGGGGAGAAAAUUGUAACGAAACAUGCAUGCACAACUGUUCAUCUUCAAGUUGUUUAAGAUCCAACGGGCAAUGUAACACGUGUAAGCCAGGAUUCUGGGGUAUGUUUUGUAAUGAAACUUGCAGCAAAGGUUGCUUUUCUUUGUGUGACAGGUACAAUGGAAAGUGCAGCAAAUGCAAGAGUGAUUAUUGGGGAGAUAGCUGUAACAACACAUGUAAUACAAAUUGUUUAAACUGUGAUGAGAAUACUGGCGUGUGUAUUGUAUGCAGAAGUGCAUUUUGGGGAAUGUCAUGUGAGAACAAAUGUAGUCGUUCUUGUUCAUCUUCUAAAUGCAGUGUAGAUUCCGGCGAAUGCUUGGAAUGUAGCUUAAACAGUUGGGGAAAGGUUUGUAAAAGUGUGUGCAACACAUCAUGUUCUCACAAUUGCUAUAAAGAUACUGGAUAUUGCCAAGCAUGUAGAAACGGAUAUUGGGGUAACUAUUGUGAAAAUAUGUGUAACAACUCAAGGUGUGAACAAUGCUCAAUUACGAAUGGGUUUUGUUUCAUAUGUAAGCAAGGCUUUUGGGGUCAGAACUGUCAUUCUACAUGUAAGUCUGAAACAUGCAUUCAAUGCUACAAAGACACUGGGGAUUGCAGUAAAUGUUCUCCGGGACGAUGGGGACAUUUGUGUCAGAGCAUGUGCAUGGAUGGGUGCAAAUGUUGCAACAUAAGUAAUGGCGCAUGCACAUUUUCAUGUCCAGACAUUUCAGACGCUGACAAACUAUCACAACAGGGGAAACACGUGCUCACAAUUAUAGUGGCUAUUGCUGUCGUCUGUAUUGUUAUAACUGCAGUCGUUGUUGCAGUAAACGCUGCUACCAGAUACAGAUUGAAGCAGAGAAAGAAAAAUCAAAAGGAACAGGAAGAACCGAAAGGUACAAAAGCGUCAACGGAAAUGACAAACAACCAAUCUUCACCGACAGUUAGACAACAUCGAAUGUACAUAAAUGUCAUUGACUCAAACCAAAGUGGAAUACCAUCAGAACACGUCUAUGAAAAAUUAAGCCUGUGUAAUAUCAACUGUAAGAAAUGUCAUCAAACGACUGGGGCAUGUUCAAUAUGCAAUGAUGGUUACUGGGGUGAGUUCUGUGGCAACACAUGCUCUCCGAAUUGCAAAACAUGUGACAAAUUAACAGGUGAAUGUUUGACAUGUAAGAAAGGAUAUUGGAAUUCUUCAUGUGAACAAGUUUGUUCUGAUACAAAUUGUAAUAUUUGUAGUUUUUCAUCAGGAAUAUGUCAAGCAUGUAAAUCUGGAUUUUGGGGAGAGAACUGUCAGAAAUCCUGUGGAAAGUGUGCAUUAGAUAAAUGCGGUAAAAGUGAUGGACGAUGUACAUCUUGUCAAUCUGGAUAUGGCGGAUAUAACUGUUCACUUCUCUGUAACUUUGAAAAUUGUAGUUCGUACAACUCCUACACAUGUGGUGUAAAUCGUCAAAAUUAUGAAUGUAAUACAUGUAAAUUUGGAUAUUGGGGAAAUAUUUGUGAGCAUAAAUGCAGUCAAAAUUGUUCAUCAGACUGUGAUAAAAGCAAUGGAAAUUGUAGCAGCUGCAUUGCCGGACUAUGGGGAGCUACUUGUAACGAAACCUGCAUGUACAAGUGUUCCUCGUCAAGCUGUAUUAAAUCAAAUGGCCAGUGUUAUAGUUGCAAGUCCGGGCUCUGGGGUUUAUUGUGCAACGAAACAUGUAGCCAAAAUUGUUCUCCUUUAAGCUGUAAAAGAAACGAUGGUAAGUGCAAUAGCUGCAAGAAUGGACUUUGGGGCGAAUUUUGUCAGGACACUUGCGGCGAAGGCUGUUACUAUUCAACAUGUAGACAAAGCGAUGGAUAUUGCAGUUCUUGCAAAAGCAAAUAUUGGGGAGACAUUUGUAACAAGAUAUGCAGCCAAAGUUGUUUAUCAGAUUGUGCUAAAAGUAAUGGAAAAUGUAGCAGUUGCAUUGCCGGGUACUGGGGUUUAUUUUGUAAUAAUACUUGCAACCAAGGUUGUUCUUCCCUAGGUUGCAAUAGAAGCAAUGGAUACUGUAGUAGUUGCAAGUCUGGACUUUGGGGAGACGAUUGUGUUGAUUCUUGUGGUCGGGGUUGUUUGUAUUCAUCGUGUAGGAAAAGUGAUGGUUAUUGCAGUUCAUGCAAACUUAAUUAUUGGGGUGACAACUGUAACAAGACUUGCAGCCAACAAUGUUCAAUUUGUGGUAAGAACAAUGGAGUAUGUGAUACUUGCAAAGAUAGAUUAUGGGGACCAUACUGUCAAAACGAAUGUAAUCGAUCGUGCUUUCCUACGCAAUGUAAUAUUGCGUCCGGCGAAUGUAUGAAUUGCACUUUUAACAGAUGGGGUAAGUUUUGUGAAAAUGUGUGCAACAAGUCCUGUCCAUGGGGCUGUAAUAGACAUACUGGAUAUUGCAUUAACUGUAGAAACGGGUAUUGGGGUAACGACUGUUCCAAUAUAUGCAACAUCUCAAGAUGUGAACAAUGCUCAUUCACGAAUGGAUUAUGUACAGUGUGUCAGCCAGGUUUUUGGGGAAGCACAUGUCAGUUUUUAUGCAAGUCUGACAAAUGCCUUCGAUGCAAUAAAGAGACUGGAUACUGCAGUAUUUGUCCAUCGGGACGAUGGGGAUUACUUUGUCAGGGCAUGUGUAGAGAUGAAUGCCCAUGUUGCAGCAUAAGAACUGGAGCAUGCUUGUAUUCAUGUCCAGCCAUUUCAGACACUGACGAAUCAUCACAAGAAGGCGUACACGCGCUCACAUUAAUAGUGGCUGUGGUCGUCUGUUUUGUUAUGAUUGCUGUUGUAAUUGCCACAAAAUACAUAUUGCUUAGACGAAAGAAAUAUCAAAAUGAACAGGCAAGUUCGAAAGGUACAACAUCAACGGAAAUGACAAACAAUCCACCUCCAUCGACAAUAAGACAAGAUCCAGUGUACAUCAAUUUCGCUGAAUCUGAUCUUAGUGAACUACCAACAGAUCACGUUUAUGAAUCAAUAAGAAAAUAA